AUGGAUGCCUCAGGUCAUUUUAAACUUACAUUGAUAGGUCUAGGAGCAGCUUCUGUUAUUUCUGCUGUUCAGGGUUUGAAUGCUGCACUUGGGUUCACAGCCUCUGGAAUAACAGCAGGUUGGGCAGCAAAACUGAUGCCAAUCAUCUCCAGUGUCAAUGAAGGGACAGUACCAUCUGGAUGUUUUCUGACCAUACUUCAGUCCUUUGGUACUGCAGGAUUUACUUUAACUACCAUGGUCUUGAUGGGAUUUGUGGAUGCCCUCAGUUCCAUCAUUAUCAGUAUUAAAAUGGGUAUUUUCUGA